AUGGCCCGUGCUUUGGAAGAAUCCCACCCAGAUCAAGUGGAAGGACAGGCCCCAAAAGGAGAUUUUCACACAGCAUUGAGACUGGCUGGACAGGAGGUUCCUCAGCUGGGAUUUGGAACACCAAUUUCCCUCCUGAUCCUUUUCCAAAGCCCAGAGGUAGCAAGCAGGAGGAGGCAAGGACCACCUUUCCUCCCAGCCCCGUGUCCGCAGUUCGGUCCUCCUAGCGCAGGUGGCGAUGUGCGACUGCGGGAGGCAGCCGGAUCUCCCGAGAAGCCCGAAGCCCAGGCCUGGAGGGGCGGGGCGGAGGCCGGCAGAUCACUUCCGGCACUGGCUAGACUUGUGUUUAGAACGCUGCUCCUCCUGUCUGGGUACCCGGCGCUACUUGGGGACGUUGACUCUUUCCCGCAGUCGAACUUCGGCUUCCUGGGCUCCCAGAAGGGCCGCUUGUUCCGGGAGCGGGGCGGCGGGGGGCCGGGGGCUGAUGUACCUCACACCUGGUCUUCCUGCCUCUACCACAGCCUCAUCAGUUCUGGGUUCUUGCUGCUGGUGGUCACCUUCCCCAUUUCUGGCUGGUUUGCCCGGGACAGCCCCAGGAAUGGGGCCGUGCUCUUCGUGGGGGCCAAUGUCCAGUUUAGGGCUCCAGUAUUGUCAGUGAUGACUGUAAAGGACCUGAACACAACCUUGGCCCAGAAUGUCAUGACCAAGGCCCUGCUCAAGAGGCCUCUGUGGACAAUCCAGAUGGAGAAGCUCAAGAUCAGCAACCAGCUCCUGUUAAAGCUCAAAAACAUGACCAGGGUCUGGGGGCUUGAAGUGGACCACGUGGAGCUAGCAGUGGAGGCUGUGCUAUAGCCACCCCAGGACAGUGUGGCCGGGCAGCUGGACAGUCCCCUCCAGCAGCUGGCUCUUCAUAUCCUGGGGAGGGGCAUUUACUCACUGGCAGGAAGUACCCUGCCCCCAUGGCCAAACACCUUGGAGAUGGUGAGCAAAGUUGAGUUGCCUGCCCCUCACAUUGGUGCUAGGCCCAGCUUGAAGCAGCCUGUGGCCAAGGGACUGCUGACACUCUGCAGCCCCACCUGGUCAGCAAGUUCAAUGUUGUCCUGCUAGCAGUUCAAUGUUGUCCUUCCCAGUGACACCCAGAGCAUCUACUUCCUGGACCUAACUAUAGGUGCAACUGCCCUCCCUACCCCCUCCUUCCCACAAAGGACAACUCAGAUAGCCAAGCUUCCUGUACCAAGAGCCCUGCACAUGCUGUAG